AUUCUUUUUUUAAUUCUCAGGGCGCAUCAUCUUGUCGGCGUGAAUUACCAGCGAUUACUAAACCGGUUAAAUCAGGAUGUCAACAAGUGACGCAGGAGAGUUGGAGCGCAGAGUUGGAGGAGUAGGAGGAGGAGGAGGAGGAGGAGAGACAGCGACGCCUCUCCUCGGGACAGCGCGAGCAAUCGGCCGAGCAACGCGGACGACAAGCGCAAGAGAACAGCAGAAUGAAAAGAUCAGUGAACGGUUCCAGCAGAAGAAUCAUGAUGAUGAUCAUAAUGAAGAAACUGGAAAGCAGUGUCACUCAUCAGCCAUCAGACAGGAAGAUGCACACAAAGCACUAAUAUUAAGGACAUAUCGACUAAAAAACGAAGAGGCCGCUCAUUGUGUUGAGUCCAAGGUCCAAAACCAGAAGCCCACUGGACCCAGAUUCACCUCCUGCCUCCACCUUAGACUCUCCAGAAACGCAGACCUUGACAAGCCAGAGCUAAGACUCGAGACGAAUUUAGGCCCUUGUUUUCACAGUUUAACUGAAGCACAGCAGGCGGAGACUGACAACCACAGCUGUCAGGUUAAUGGACAGGCGUCACCAGCCCACACCAUUGUAAAGAAAGUCAGUGACUCUACAUUAUCUGAAAGGAUACCAUUUCCAGCCAAGAAGAAAGAAGAGGUCAUCCCAGAUGUUUGCAAUGAACUAGAGACAACCAGGGACUUGAGUAUAACUCACAGUUUCUCAAAUGGGGAGUUUGGAUCACAUGAGUUUAAUGGCUUGUUCAUAUUUCCAUGUGGGCCACAACCAACGAGUGAUGCUAGAUCAGUUGAGUUUGAGGAAUAUAUAAAAGACCAUACAAGGUUUGAGACGCAGACUGAUCUUGUGGAACUAUCCAACCCUACGAGAACCAUGUUGUCUUCCACUGUGGUAACAGUUCUUGGUUCACACCGGAAUGGCCGGCUAAGACGGAACAAAAGACCUGAAUUGACAGGCAAUUUGGAGGCCCAGGGGAGUUUACAAGAUGUGACAAACACUCCGGCAAACCGUGCCCAUGAACGCUUUCAGGAGACUGGAGAAAGCUCAUUGACAGAUGGAUCCCAAGUGCAACCAAGGGUGCCAUUUCUGGGUACCAGGAGGAAUACUUUGGGCUGGUCAACAAAGAGCGGACCUGCAAGCUUUAACUAUGAAUCUAAGAGGAAAAUGAUUCAUAGUGUCUCCUUGGAUGUGAGCUUUGGAAGGAUGAACAAUAAAAACAUGUAUGGAGGUGCUGUAAGCCCUGUUACCACAGCUGCACCUCCUCUGUCUCCUCCUUUCCUUGAACCAAACGAACAAAGGAGGAAUCCACACACAGAUCAUCAAGGAGGAUCUCUAAGCUCAAAACCAACAACCAGCAGUAUGCUUCUGUCUUUAAGAAGAAUCAACUCAAAUGGCAAGAAAACUAAUGCUGCUUCCCCCAUCCUUGAGAAAAAAAAGGUGCCUCCAAGCAGUUCGCCACAUGAUCAAGAUGGAAAAUUGUUCACAACACACCUUUCUCAAAACUUUCUCAAUAAUAAUAAUGGACAAGAGAGGUCAAAGCCUCUCGUCUCUUCAUCGUCCCUUUCUUAUAGGACAACUGAUACUCGGCCAUGCUUCUUUUCAGCAUUACCUACAAGCGAAGAAACACCCUUUUCCCAACAAGCUCAAACAAUGUCUAAGACCGAGUCCAGUCUUUCAUGUUUCAAAAACGCUAAUGCAAUUAGAGGGCCAACAGAGAGGCGAGAUAACUGCAAGGGUUUAGACAAUACUACUAAUCUAUUGUCGGAGAGCUCUGCCUCUUCAACAAGACAUUCCCUCCUAAAUACCCAUUCCCUCUCUAGAAGGACCGCCCUCACAGCCACUUCCUUUUGGAAACAAGUUACCCAGGAAGGCAGUUCCCCUCUAACUGUCAAUAAUAUCACAAACCUCAAGGAAAAAUCAAACACAUCCUUAGUUCCACCCUGUAAUGAUAAUAGAGACUUGGCCUCUCCAAGUCAAACUAACACGAACAGAUGUCGUAGUCAAAUCCCCAAUAACGGAGACAACAAUACCACAACAGAUUCAGUUUGCAAAGGUAACAUGAACCUUGUUAUGAAAAAACAGGGAGGAACUGAGGAUUCACGUGACCACAGAUCAGAAAGUCUUGUCAAACAGCAAUAUGGCUCCAAUUUGAACAACAGCGAACCACAAAAACCUCAUCAUUUGGCUGAUGUUCUAUCUCGUUCUAAAAUGAACAGAGCUAAAGAGCCAACAAUGCCGAGUCAUCCUCCCAAAGAUCUCAGUAGGCAUGAUGUAAAUACUAGUUCAUUUACACCAAACAUAACUGAACUACUACCUACUUGGCUAAAUACCAAGAGCUCAAAUACACCCACUGAGAGCAGCAGCAUGUACAAUAAUGAUUAUUGCACAUCCAAAACCAACAGCACCCCUGCAUCUUCACACAAGGACUCUCAAAAGUUUACCAAACCGCCUCUUUCUCUUGCGACUACCAACACUCUUAAUAGUCAAGCUCUUACCUCAAAAACUAUCUCUGGUCUACCCCUGACCACAAACACUAACACUACUUCCUCCAGCCACUCUAAUCCCGUUGAAUUACAGACCAAACUUUGCACUUCACGAUACACUGACUCUUCUUCCCAAACACCCAAAUUCACCAACACAGCCCAUGCCCCACUUUUUGGCUUUGAAAGAAGCUUUGCUUCUGUUCACAAGCCUUUUCUUACCUCUCCUACUGUAACUCAUGCCAUUGUAUCUUCUCCCACCACUAUCCCGGUUUCCUCUAUCUCAACCCCACCUGCCACCCCUAUCAUUAUCAGCUCCAACGACUCAGUCACUUCCAGUAAGGAGAGAAAGACAUUCUCAAACAGCCCAGAAAGCGACCCAAAUAAACUGCACUGUGUAGAAGGAAAGAGAGUGAGAAGAGUAACAUGGGAGGACUCUGUGGAUCUGAAGCAUUCUGAGCCUGUGACAGGGGAGAAGCCAGAGAUAUUUCAAGUCCCAACGAGUUCCAGCUCUCCACAAGGUGGCACGGCGCCGUCCAUCUUUUCCCUUCGCAGAUCAAGCAGUCCAACUACAAACGCAUCUCAUCUUUGCUCCGCUAGCCCAAAAACCUCCAGCUUACAGGUGGAGAAAGGAGAGAAGUAUCGAUCCUUGUCAUCUGACUCUGCUUAUUUAGCAUCCAGAGAGCAAACACCCAGUGGCACUAUGAUCUUUGACCAGAGAAGACGGGACGUUACAACAACCAGGCACGAGAGGACACUCUCAGCGGAGUCUGCCACACUUCAGGGCCAUUCUUCUGCUCCUCUCUCCCUCCCGUCUGACUUUUCAAGUGGUUAUAAGCUUCGCUAUAGCUCCCCACCUUACUCCACUCUCGUAUCAACCAGGUCAACACAGGGAGAAACUAAGACUAUAUUACCCAGAUCACCCCUCUUCCAACAGUCUCAGUCAAAUUAUACGCCACAUCUUUCUAUAUGUACUGAUUCAGUUGGAGCAAUGACCUUGCCCACGGCAAAACCUCCUCUGUUACCUAUCAGCUUCCCCCUGCCUUUAUCUUUGCCUUUCCAAAUCAAAACCACCACCAAAAGAAAUGCAAAGUUUGGUGUUUCAGAAACUGAUCAAGUCAACAACGAUCACAGCAAGAGCAACAGCCGAGAUUGCCAGAAUUGUCCGGUAUUACUUGUCGACAACAGACUUCAUGAAGCACACGACUCAUUCUCAAAAUGUUUAACUGAGACAUUGGUGUACAGUAUUGCAUCUAAAGUAGAUACAGCUACAGCUGCCCCAAGGACGACCACACCUAAACAUUUGCGCCAUACCGCACACACACAGGCUCCUGUGGAGACCAAGUUAAGUCAACAGUCACACAGAAUGCAAAGUGAGGUGGCUGCAAGAGAACCACAUCGUCAUUCAGAUCUGAGUUCCAGUGGUAGCAGUUCAAGCUCUAACGGAAGAAUGAAGGAGAAUGUACUCUGUAAAGGCAGAUUGUUUUCAGUGGAGAGCAACAACGAACAAAGUCCAAAGAAAAGUCGGUUUGCACUGAAGAAAACUGCCACGCCACACACUUUGUCACAAUCCCAGUCAGAGAGGGCCAACAAGACUAAUAACAAAAUGGACCAGGUCCUUAGCAAGCUGAGACAAACAUUCACCUCCAUGCGGUCUGACGAUGAUGUAUUAUUUCCAUGGAAAUGGAAGCGAGCUUCUCAAACACCUUCUCUUAGUGGAUCAAGUGAAAUUAGUGAUAUCACUGUUGAGAGUUCUCAAAAGCUAGAGCAGCAAGAGCAGAAGAAAGGGAUGUUGCUUAUGGACAAUGAGAAGGAAACAGAGGGUACCAAUAGAUGGACAACCAAAAACAGAUACUCUGUCAUACCACCCUCAGCUGCUGGGAGUACGGUGGCGGGAGAUGAGCGUUACAUUUGGUCAGACCAAUCAACUCAGGAAACUGACCAAGCCAAGCAAACUGCUUAUGCAGAACACAUGGAAAACAAACCUCAUCUGACAACAACCAGGCCAACAACACACCAAUUAAACUUUUACGAAGACAACGAGACGGAUGACAAACCACCAAACCAACUCCUCUAUUGUAGAGAUCCCAGUCCUGGUACGAUCUUUAACCCCUCUCCUGAUUACCCCACCCAGUUCAGGAAGUCCACAUCCAGCCCCAGGAGCCCCUUCUCCCCAUUCCCCUCUCUUUCCCCUGCCUCCCAAUUUUCCUCAAUGGAUUUUACAGAUGACAAUGUAUUCUUCAGCCCAAAGCUACAGCGUCAGAGAGAAUCCCCCUCACCGUGUGAACCAGGAGAUGGAAUCCGCCUGGGGGGUUCAAGAAGAAGCCGGGCAUCUACUGGUCCUCCAAGUGCAGGUCCAGGACAGGACAAGGAACACUUGGCAUCCUCCUAUGCAGACUUAAAGUAUGGCAUUGAGCCUGGGAGGUCGUUUUCUGUGAGUUCGGUACUGUCCAGUCGUCCCUCAGGGCCUGGGCGCAUCUCCACUGGAUCCCGGUUCAUGAGUGUGGGUGACCUAACUGACUCUGCAUUAAAGUGUCAAGACAUUCGCAAGGACUUGGAUCAGUGGUCUAUUACUCCUGAUUGGACCACAGACUAUGAUUUCCAGCCCAGUAAGGACCAUCAACUGUCAUAUUUCCCUAGUGACCCUGGUAAAAUGAGAUCAAGAUCUCUUCCUCGAUCACUGACUAGGCGCUUAGCAAAUUCGAGCUCAGAAGUCUUAACUUCUCCACCUGUAACAACUACAACCCCAAAGGCAGCCCGCCGUUGGAGCCCUAACAUGAACACUUCUCACUUUGCAUGGGAUACAGAAGGUCCUCCGACCCCUCCUCCAACCCCGCCGCUGUCACCAGUGUCCAGACCCAUGUCAAAACCUCCCAGCCUUUCCUCCCCCCCCUUCGCCAUUUCAUCAGGCGCAUCACAGCAAGUGGACAACUUGUCUCCCAGAGGGCUUUUGCCCUCCAGAGGUUAUGUAUCCAACCUUAGUACCUUUGAGGAGUCUUCAGACAGCAGCUCAGACACGACAACAGAUGAUGAAUAUUACUUAGAUACAUGUGAAGAAAAAGAGACAGAAUUGUGAAGGCAGAACAAUUGCUUUAAAGCCUCCCAUCUGUCAAGUCUCGUUUUUCUGAACAUUUUAUACGAGAUUUGCUUUUCAAAAAGUGGGGGUUGUCAAAAAGACAUUAAAUGAUCAAGCAUGAUAUUGUCAGCAACGUUUUAAAUAUGGUAAUGUUUAUAUGUACAGUAGAACUGUAUAAAACUGCAGAAUUUACAUUUAUAGUUUGGAUAGUUGCAAGGCAUUAGUGAGGGGUGUUCAUGUGUGUAGUUGUUUUAAUGAUCAAACUACUGUGUAAAGUUAGUUAAUUUUUCCAUAAGACUUAUCUUUAGGUUUGCAUUUCAUCCAGUGCUUUAGCUUGUUGAUAAAUGUACUAUCAUGUAUUAUUUCAUUGUCUGUUUUCUUCUAUGUUUGAAGAUUGAAAUGAAUUGUGGUCAUCGCAUAAUGCAGAUAUAUUGUCUUAGUGUUGCAUUGAAAACAUUUUGUUUAAAAAAUUUAAUUUAAUUUUAUUCUAAGGUAAUAUUUAAUUAUACUGCAUCUUACAAUUCAAUGUUUAAUGUCAAACAUUAUAAAGCGCUUUAUACAGUGAUUGCUCUUUGCACAGUGACAAUCUAAAGUCUUAAUAUAUCUUUUUUAUAAAUAAAUGUAGUAUUUCCAGCUAAUUUAAGUUUGUGUUAAAUAAGUAUUUUUGCUUAAAAGGUUAGGUAGACUUGAAGCUGAUUUAUCCCGACAACACCCAGACACAAUCGCAGUCUUUACAUGCCAUCAUAAGUGAAAUGGUAUGCUCAGUAUUGGCAUGACAAACAGACGAUUCGAUGCCUGAGGCCACAUUCCAGCCUGCAGGGCGGUUAUUACCAUAAUAAUCACAAUGCUUUGCUGGACGCUAUCGUGAACAAGUGUGCUCUUAGGUGUGGCUUUAACCGUUUCACAUUAUUCAAGUGGGUGUUUCCGUUUUGUUCUUAGCUGUGGCAACACAUAAACUGCUAUGGUGAUGGUCAGAUAACACAUCCAUUAGACUGGGUGGAUUGAGUUGUAAAAUAGUUGCUGCAUGUGUAUGUUUGCACGUCAUGUACUUUGUGUCCUUGUCCGCCCAUUCGCUGUUUAAUUUCUAGCAGAGAGACAUUUACAUGAUGACAAUACAAUCGGCUUUGUAUUAUUAGCCAUGACAUCAACUGGGAAAGGCAUUAUUACUUUACAUCAUGUCAUAGUCUUCAGAGCAAUUAUGUUGAGUCUGUUUUUCCAUCCUUGCACUGCAGCGGUGAAACGCUUUCUCCAGCCGCCUCAUCAAAGACUUGUUGAGGGCACGAAGCUGAUAAGAGAUGCCGACAAGAGACUUAUCUUGUGUUUUGUACCACGAUAAACACCACAAGCGGCAAUGUUUAAGUGCUGCUAUAGCUUGUCAUUGGGUGAAUGUAGCCGGAUGCACUUGGCUUUUAUACUGAACGUAUGUAGUCCACAGAAAUAUGUUUACUUGUGUUAAAUCUACUAAAAUUCUUAAUUUAAGGCGUACAAAACACACAACCCAAAUAUACACGAGGUAGACAUGCAAUCAUUUUAUUUUCCCUGAUAAGAUAAAAACAUUUUGUUUAAAUAGGUACUCUUUCAUUAUUUCUUAACAUAUUGGUUAGAAAAAGUAGGAUUUGAAGUUCCCUCCGUCUCUGUGUCUCGUUAAUUAAACCUGUGAAGCUGCAUUCUGCAGUUCCACUAAAUGCAGAGGACGGCAGCAUCAGCUUUUAGAAAAUAACAAACAUCCCUUUACUUCUCAUGGAGGCAGCACCUGGCAUGUGGGUAUCAAACAGCCUGGGGAGGUUGUGUGUGGGUGUGCGUGCGCGUGUGCCUGUGUGUAUAUUGUACAUGUAUGUGCUUGCUGUGCAGAGCAUAAAGCAAAUGCAGUUGGUCAAAGUGAAAGAAAGAAUAGCUUUGAACAGUGAUUUGAGGCACAAUAAUAGUAUACAUAUAGUUAUGGAAUUAUGUAGUUGGGUCCUUUCUGAAGAAUGUUUGUUUGCCUGUUGACGCUUGCUAACCACCACACUGGACAGAUGUAUUGCUUCAAAUAAAAUGGUAAUUAUCAUGGAGAAAUGUC